AUGCCUUGCAGCUUCUCUGCUUCCUACUGCUCCGCCUUGGCCAGCAGCUUCUCCAUGCUCUCGUCCUCCAAAGCUCUCACUGUGGCUUGGUUCCUUCACUUUGGGGCAGCAACAGAAACUUUGAAAUGCUUCCAGUGCACUUUGUUUAACUUUAAGGGGAUAUGUUUGUACCAAAACCCCCCCUGCGAGACACAAAAUAAUCAAGUAUGUGUUUGGUGGGCAAAGUCUGCAGGUGGCAGGAUCCUGUAUGGGUUCCAGGAAUGUUCUCACAUAUGCAGUAAUCAAACAUUGAUCUUGGGAAAUAGUACAACUGAAAUGAAAUGUUGCAAGGACAAAAAUUUCUGUAACAAGUUUUAG